AGGUAAGCACUUUGCCAUUAAUUUGUACUUAUACAUACAUUUAACAUAUCCUAAACAUGCUAUGAAUACUAAAACAAGCUCUUUGGUGGCAGGGAAUACUCAAUGCAGGCAUAGUGUCCUACCUAAAGCAGAACAUAGGCACUGUGCACGCCAUAUCUUUGCACUAUGGCACAAGAAUUACAAAGGUGAGGAGUUCAAGUUUAUGUUUUGGAAAGCUGUUUGGGCCUACAAUGAGGUAGAUUACCAGGAUGCACUGGAGGAGAUGGGGAAAGUAAGUCCAAGUGCAGUUGAAGCUUUCAAAGGGUAUGAUCCAAGGUGCUUUUGUAGAGCAUUUACAAAUACAGUGACCAAGUGUGAUGUUGUUGUGAGCAAUAUGGCAGAAACCUUUAAUGGUUAUAUACUUGGUGCAAGGACAAAACACUUGAUAUUCAUGCUUGAAGACAUCAGGACAUCACUAAUGCAAAGACUAAUAGCUAAGAGAGAAGAGUUGGAGAAGUACAAAGGGAGUAUUUGCCCUAGAAUUCAAGCAAAACUGGAAAAAGAGAAGGAUUGGGCAGCUUCUUGUAAUGUGAUGCCUUCUAGCAAAAUGGUAUUUCAGGUGUCCCAUAGGUUAGACACUCUGACAGUUGAUCUAACAAGGAGAGUGUGUACAUGUAGAAAAUGGGAAUUAACUGGAAUUCCAUGCUGCCAUGCUGUGGCUUGCAUCUUUUUUUUGCACCAAGAAGCUGAGAGUUAUGUGCAUGAAUGGUACAAGAAGGAAACACACUUGCUUUCAUAUUCAUCUGCCAUUCCCCCAUGUGUUGGGGAAAGGCACUGGCCAAGAGUUGAAUUGCUAAUUGAUCCACCUCCAAUUAAGGUUGGUCCAGGUAGACCAAGGAAGAACAGAAGAAAGGAUCCACAUGAAGAUCCAAAGAAACCUGGAAAGUUAACCAAGCAUGGGACUCAGAUGACUUGUAGCUUGUGCCAAUCAACACAACACAACAAAAGAAGGUGCCCUGAAAAAGGUAAAGAAGUCCAACCACAACCCAAAAAGGGCAGAGGCAGGCCAAGGAAAGUUGGGAAUGGAUCAAUGGAUGGCACUCAGGCUAUGAGCUUUGACCACCACAAUCUCUCAGCACAACCCACACUCACUGGCAAAGGAGGAAGAGUUUUGUACAGAGGAAGAGGCAGCAGGGGUGCUAGCACUAGUAGGGUGCAUCCAUAAGCAGAGUUGCUAGCAACAAUAUAGGAGGUGGCAGGGGAGCUAGCACAAGCAGAGGUGGGAGGGGCACAUCUACUAGAGGCAGGAGAGGUGCAUCAACCACCACAAGGAGAGGUGGGAGGGGUUCAUCAAACACCAACAACAGGUUGGCAAAUUUAAUUGGAGUGACUACUAGCACUGCUGCAUGUGAUAUGAACAUCACCCACCCAAAUUGAUCAGUUCAGAAGAAGAAUUUGAAUAGUGUAAUGUGUAGUUAGUUGCUUUUUUCAGCAUA